GUGAAAUGGCUUGAAUAUGAUUCUCUUCCUGUUUUUUUAAACUUUCUUUACACUUUUGGGUUUUUGUUUUUAAAAUUAGAAUUGGAAGAUCUAAAAGCCCCCAAAAUCUCUCUGAGAGAGAGAAUUCAUGUCUGAAUUAUUUUCCUAGGAGAUUCUCUGAUUUUCCUGGUAAAUUCUUUCUCACCAAUCCCAAGGAGCUUUCAGCUGCCUGAUUUCUUGGGGUUUUGGGGUUUUCGUGAUUUGUCUGGAUGGAUAAGGAUAAAUCUCCUGGCAACCAUAGUAGUGGUUUACCACCACCUUCUGGGAGGUAUUCUUGUUUUUCACCCUCUGGGAGCUCUUAUAGCGUAAAACCUGAGCAAACGCCUUCUACAUUUCCUCCAAAGGCUCCUGGCAGUAGUUCAGACCCUAGUCAUUUCGGUCAUGGAUUGGAUUCUAAUCGAUUUAGUCAUGAUAUCAGCCGAAUGUCUGAUAACCCACCUAAGAAUUUGGGCCACCGUCGUGCCCAUUCAGAGAUUCUCACUCUCCCUGAUGAUAUUAGCUUUGACAGUGAUCUUGGUGUUGUGGGUGGUGGUACAGAUGGGACAACUUUCUCUGAUGAAACUGAGGAAGAUUAUUUGUCAAUGUACCUUGAUAUGGAUAAGUUCAGUUCAUCCUCGGCCACAUCUGCUUUUCAAGUUGGGGAGUCAUCGGCUCCACCAGUGCCAGCACAACCACUGGCACCACUGCCUGCAACAAUGGAUUUGGGUGCUGGUCCUAGCGAAAGGCCUAAAGUUAGGCAUCAACAUAGCCUCUCAAUGGAUGGCUCGACAACUAUCAAGCCGGAGAUGCUCAUGUCAGGUUCUGAGGAGGCAUCUCACGCUGAUUCCAAGAAGUCCAUAUCUGCGGCAAAGCUUGCUGAACUUGCACUUAUAGAUCCAAAGCGUGCAAAAAGGAUUUGGGCUAACAGGCAAUCUGCUGCAAGGUCCAAGGAAAGGAAGAUGCGGUACAUAGCUGAACUUGAAAGGAAAAUGCAGACACUGCAAACAGAAGCGACGUCGUUGUCUGCUCAAUUGACUCUUCUUCAGAGGGAUACAAACAGCCUGACUGCUGAAAAUAGUGAACUGAAACUGCGUUUGCAAACGAUGGAGCAACAGGUCCACUUGCAAGAUGCCUUGAAUGACGCACUGAAAGAAGAAAUUCAGCAUCUGAAGGUACUGACUGGUCAAGUGCCAAACUAUGCAUCUUUUGGAGGAGGCCAGCAAUUAUAUCCCAAUAAUCAAGCAAUGCAUACUUUCUUAGCUGCACAACAGUUUCAACAACUCCAAAUUCAUUCUCAGAAGCAGCAGCAGCAGCAGUUCCAGCUGCAUCAGCUUCAACAGCAACAACUUCAGCAGCAGCAGCAACAAGGUGGGGAUUUGCAAAUGAGAGGAUCAAUGGCUUCUUCAAGCCAGAAAGAUAAUUCAUCUGAGGAUAAUUCCUCUUCAUCAAAGGACUGAGAAUAGCAUGAUCAUCAGACCAGCUACAGAAUGUUCUGUCUACUGAUGUUUACAUCCUAGUUACAAUCUGUUGUCACAUAGGACAUUUACCUUUUAUCUCCAGUCUUUUAGAUACAUUACAUUCAUACCUAAUUUAGGCGGGUUCUAUAUUCUAGUUUCCUUGAAGAUUGAGUUUGUAGCUUAAGCAUUUAAUAUGUUAUAGUUUAUGUAGAACCUUGAUGCAAUCAUGGGCCUUUGAUGGCGAUUUGUUGAUUCAAAAUUCUAAGCUU